CGCCCACCGAUCCCCUCCGCAGAUCUCCCCGCCAUUGCCCGCUCCCCGCCCAGAUUCGCGCCCUCCUUGCGCAGAUCCACCGACGCCGAGCGCGGUGCUGCCGGCGGCGUGGUCAGGCUGGUCUGAUCAGGUGUGCUAUUAUUGUUUGGAGGGUGGCAGCGGAGAUGGGUGUCGGAGGGGAGAAGUUCCAGCUGGGGACGGUGGGGGCGCUGGGCCUCUCUGUGGUCUCCUCCGUCUCCAUUGUCAUCUGCAACAAGGCCCUCAUGAGCUCCCUCGGCUUCACCUUUGCCACCACCUUGACGAGCUGGCAUCUCCUAGUCACGUUCUGCUCACUGCAUGUAGCAUUGUGGAUGAAGUUCUUCGAGCACAAAGCUUUUGAUUCAAGAACUGUCAUGGGGUUUGGAGUACUUAAUGGCAUCUCCAUUGGGCUCCUCAAUUUGAGUCUUGGUUUCAAUUCUGUUGGUUUUUACCAGAUGACAAAGCUGGCCAUUAUCCCCUGCACUGUUAUCUUGGAGACUCUUUUCUUCAGGAAGAAGUUCAGCCGGACUAUCCAGAUCUCCCUUUCUGUGCUCCUUUUGGGUGUUGGUGUUGCAACUGUAACUGAUCUGCAACUCAAUGCCGUGGGAUCCAUACUGUCCUUGCUGGCAAUUAUCACGACCUGCAUUGCUCAGAUUAUGACAAACACAAUUCAGAAGAAAUUUAAGGUUUCUUCAACCCAGCUGCUGUACCAGUCUUGCCCUUACCAAUCACUGACGCUGUUUCUUAUUGGUCCGUUCCUUGAUGGAUUUUUGACUAACCAAAAUGUCUUCGCUUUCAAUUACACAUCUCAAGUUGUGUUUUUCAUUGUAUUGUCAUGUUUGAUAUCGGUCUCAGUUAACUUUAGCACAUUUCUUGUGAUCGGGAAGACGUCUCCUGUCACUUACCAAGUCCUGGGCCAUCUUAAAACAUGCCUAGUUCUGACCUUUGGUUACGUUUUGCUUCACGAUCCAUUUAGCUGGAGAAAUAUACUUGGCAUCCUAAUUGCUGUAGUUGGGAUGGUACUAUAUUCAUACUUCUGCUCAAAAGAGCCAAAAAAUACUGAAGUCUCCCCACAGCAGACAAAAGAAGGCGACUCGGCACCUUUGAUCUCAGACUCUCUGAGCAAAGUUGAAAACGGAGGCGAUGAUGAUGAGCCUUUGAAGGUACCGAUGUGGAGCUCCAAGUACUCAAGGGCGUGAGCAUUUCUUGGUUUAGGCGGUGGAUGGCAUUAUACAGGAUUAAGUUUAGUAGGCAGAUAGUAGGGUUGGAAGCCAACCCAUAGCAAUGAAGCAAUGGACAUUGCAGUUACAACUUUGCGUUUAUUUAGCGGCCUUAUCUACUAGCAGUAAAAGGAUCUGGUUCUUUGGAGGAUCUUACCUCCCAAGGUUGCAGAUCUACCAUGAAACUAGACAAGCAGCUAUUGUAUGAUUGUAUCUGGAAAUGGGCCACACCUUCUCACUGUAACUUCAUGUUGGGACAUUAAUCUACAGACAGAUAGAAUCCAUUCUUUUUGUACCAAAGAUCCUGAGAACCGGCGAAGUGUUUAUAGGUUCAAGUUUGCAA